GGUGUCCACCUGCUCCGCGUUCUUCGUCAUCUUGUACAGUAUGGACUGGGGCAAGGAGAGGAGUGACGCCUGGAUGAAGGCCUUCAUCCUGUCCUUCAUGGGAUCCAUCAGUGUGGUGGAAACCCUUCAGAUCUUUGUGCUUGGUGUGGUCCUGGCUGCAAUCUUUAGCCUCCCGUUCCUCGCCAGGCCACCGGCUAUCCCGAAAGACGACUUGCAGCUCAACCUGUGGAACACUACAGCACCAAAGAAACUCCUUCGACCUGCAACAGUAAAUCUCAAGUCGGCUAAGAAGAAAAAGGAGCUGAAUAAGAAGUCUGCCUCGACGCUGAUGGAGUUUGUCCUGCUGUUAGCCUCCGUGGCCCUCCUGUUCUACGCCGCACAGAUGGACAAGGACACACUGGCCUUCCACGAGAGGCAGACACUGUCCAUUAAAAUUCUGAACGACUUUGAUGCGAUCAGGACACCUGAUCAGUUGUACUCCUGGCUUGAGGAGGUGCUGUUGCCAACCCUCCACCCAUCAUCCUGGUACAACGGGCGGAAGAUGCGGUACUUAGACCGGCAGUUCGCGCACAACACCGCGGCCUUCCGCAUCGGCCCUGUACACCUGACACAGAUGAGACAACAUCCAGGUACCAUGGCGAAGGAGAAACAUGCUGGCCGAGGCUGGGAUGUUCAACCAGGGAACACCUCUUGUAUCAGUUGGCGAUUCCUCUUUCCUGCCCCCUCUAACCACCCCAACUACUCAUCUGACUGCAACAACAUUCACUCUCUCGACUUCCCUCUUGGCUAUGGCACCGCUAUGUCGUUCAUUAAUGCUUUGAAAGAUUACGAGUAUUUAGAUGAAUACACAGAGUCCUUUACAAUCGACAUCAACUUCUACAACCCCAAUUUGAAGCUGUUCAGCGUUGUGCACAUGGUCAUUGACCAGUCUGAAAUUGGCAGUCUCAUGCCAGAAGCAAAAACCACGUUGUUUCGAUUGUUUCAAUACGAAAGCGCUAAUGACUACACUAGUCUGUUUCUGCACAUCGUAUUCACACUUCUCUUCUUAGUCAUACACUUCAAGGAGGUUAAGUCAGUGGUAGAUACAGGGUGGGUGUAUUUUACUUCUCCGUGGAAUGCUGUUGGAUGGUUCAGCCUCAUCUGUACGGCAACAACCAUCUCCGUCUUCAUCAAGCGGUACGCCGUGGCUGCUGAUACACUCGCCUUGGUGGCCAGGAGCAAUGGAGAUCUGGGAUUUCAAGACUUUGUGGACCUGACAACCGCUGCUUGGUGGGAUGCUUGUUUCAAACACGUCUUGGGUAUCACCGUCUUCAUCAACACCAUCUCCUUACUGCGCAUCGUCCGCUUCAGUCAAACGAUCGGCAAACUCCUGGCUCUACCCGGCAUCAUGAAGGAGGAAAUCUUGUCGUUCUUGGUCGUUGCUGUAGUUGCCUUCACGGCCUUCAUCAGCUCCGGGUACCUUGUGUUUGGGAGCCACAUAGAGUCGUACUCGGACCUGUACCAAACAACAUACGCGCUAUUUGAGAUGAUGCUUGGCAGGUUUUUCGCCAAUGAAAUGCUGGAUUCCAACCCCAUUACCGGGCCGAUCUUCUUCUCCACAUUCAUGAUCUGCAUCUUCAUCCUCCUGAUGAACUUCCUCAUGACCAUCAUCUGUGACGCCAUUUCCGCUGACGUUGACGUCACCCAUGACCGUGAACUUGCCGAUCACGUGUGGAGGAGCUUCAAUGCCAUGUUGGGUUUCCACAGCCCACCAAACAAUCAGGACAAAGCAGGUGAACCGAAGCUGGAAGAGCUGCAAGCUAACCUACGCCUUCUUCAGGAGGGACUUGAUGAAAGUCUGGACAUCUGUAACUCCAUCCUUCCACAGGACAACCGGAGCCGCGUCAACGUCAGGACACGAAAAUGCCAAACACGUGCCUCUCAGAAGCAGUCCUGUCCAGUCAUUGAUACUGAGUGUAAAGUGACAAUACAUAUCGAACCAGCAUCAGAUACGGAUUCAGAGGUCUAAAUAAUGUCAUUUUACCUACCGUCAUUCAUAUCUGGCUGUAAAAAUGUUUUAAUGGCUUGAAUUGUAAGCUUGUAAGCACAUUUGAUUUGUAUGUCUGUGAUUAAGAUAAAUCGUACUGUAUAAAUGUCAUUGAGAUAGUUUUGAACUGUGUUAUAAAAUGUUUUGAUAGGGCUAUAUAUAAGCAGUUUUCUAAGUAAUUAUAAUGAUUGGGCUAUCAACUAUUCUAUGGCAUUUAAGUUCAACUGUGUAUUUAUCAUAUUACUAGCAGUUAUCCAUUGUUGGAAAUUAAUGCUUGUUUAAGUGGCAGGCCAUUAAAUUUGAAUUGAUUUGUAUGCAUAAGGCAACAUACUUACCCUGUAAGCUUGCAA